AAAUAGCUAGAGAUGAAGAGCAGUAAAUAGGUAAAUAAGCACUCAAUUAGUGGUCCUUUUUCCCCCCCUGUUUUAAUGGCGAAAAGGUUUUUUUUUUUAAAACAAAACAAGAAUAUAUCACGGGUUAGUGGUGACCCACGAAACAGGGCAAUGAUUAGAAUUUAGAAGAAUUAAGGAGAAUAGUCUAAGAAAAUUAAAAGAAUAGAGUAAGCCCCAAUUCUUGAUUCUUGAUUCUUGAUUAAAAAAAAUAGAGAGGGGUUCCAACUCAAACGUCAAAUGCUUCAAUUUCUCUCAUAUUUAGUACCACCCACAACGUGUUUGUCUUAAUGCCUGUGUGACCUCUUCGUCUUCAUAUAUUUUUUUUUGGCCGACUUUUUUUACACAAUACCCCCACCAACAAACUAGAAAGAAAGAAGAUAGAAAAGAGAGAAAGAAGAGGGAACCCACCAAAAAAGCUUGUCGUUUUCUUCAUCAAAAUCUUGGUACCGAACCAUUAUAGUGAUUUUGAUGUUUAUUGGGGCUAAUUUGCAUUGUCUUGUUUUGCCUUUCUUCGAAGCUAUACUGUAUGUGUGAUCAAACUAUUGGAUGGGGAAAGUGAUUCUUGGGUGUCUAUAGUUUUGCAUCUCGUUAGUGUGAACAACGUUUUCACCACUACCUUCUUGCCUGUGUGGUGGGGUUCUCUCUCUCUUCUUUUUUAAAAUUAAUUUCUUGGGAGACUGAGAAAUUAGUUCAGAAUUUUGCGAAUUUGAAGGAUAACGACUUUGUAGCUACUAAUUUAGUGACAGUCCUUUAAUGGAGACAAUGACUCCACCUGCUUCAGUGCCCUUCCCUCGUGAGCCCGCCAAUUACGACGAGGUCUCUAUGCAGCAAAGUAUGCUCUUCUCCGAUAGUUUGGAGGAUUUAAAGAAUCUUAGGAAGCAACUGUACUCAGCUGCAGAAUAUUUCGAGAUGACUUACAUUAACGACGACCAAAAGGAUAUAGUGGUAAAUACGUUGAAAGAUUAUGCGAUUAAAGCACUUGUGAAUACAGUUGACCAUUUGGGGUCUGUGACGUAUAAGGUCAACGAUUUGCUGGAUGAAAAAGUUGAUCAAGUUUCCGGAACCGAGCUUCGUGUCUCUUGCAUUGAGCAGAGACUGAGGACAUGCCAGGAGUAUAUCGACCGCGAAGGUCUAUCUCAGCAGUCGUUGGUCAUAAACACUCCCAAUUACCAUAAACGAUACAUUUUGCCAGUGGGAGAGACUAUGGAUGGAUCGAUUCGCACCAAAUCGAAGUACCAAGGAUGCAGCCUAGAUGACGGAGAGGAUUGGUAUCAAUUCAAGAAUGCUAUUCGAGCUACAAUCCAAGAAACACCACCGCCAUCUAUCACAACUAAAGGAGGCGGCCCAUCUCCUUCUCCGAAACUUGCCCAACCAUCCGGAAACUUCUCCUUCUCUAAGAAGAUACCGAAUAAAGAUUUAGAAAAGAGAACAGCAUCACCACAUCGGUUUCCACUUUUACGUUCGGGCUCGUUAUCGAGUAAGCCCACAACUCCAAAAAGCUCAAAUCCAAGCACACCAAAUCGGAGCAGGCCCACCACUCCAAACCCUUCUUCCGGAAGACCAACGUAUAUUUCCGAACCGAAAAAAUCGGCUUCAAUGCGUAUUCGUUUCGAUAAAGAAAGUCCAAAAGAUGGCGAGCAAUUCCCGAGCAAAAGUAAACGGUUGCUCAAAGCUUUGCUCAGUCGGCGAAAGUCGAAGAAAGAUGAUACUUUGUAUACUUAUUUGGAUGAAUAUUAAUGAUUUGGUAAAUCAGGUUGAAAGAGAGAACAUUUUGUUUAAUUUUUCCUAUUCAGGAUUUCGGUUUUGUAUCCUGUUUUUUCACCAUAUCUUAUUACAAAAAAGUGUAAUUUAUCAGAAACAUUUUAUUUAUAUAGUCCAAUUGUUGCUCUGUU